UGGAGAUCGGGGUGCAAUCGCGACCAUCUGCCAUUGAACCACCAUUUCGAUGUUCGAGAAUCUCUGCACUCUCCCGCUCUCUUCUGAGCUCUUCGCGCAAGCCGUCCAUCCCAAUGAGCCUGUUCUCGCGGUCGGCUUGUCGGGGGGUCAUGUUCAAUCAUUCCGACUACCACCCGUCGCGGGGGAUUCGAGCGAGGAUGGCGACGGUGAUGGCGACGUCAGUAUACUAUCGACUGGCACCAACACUAUAGACACGGAAUGGCGAACCAGAAGACAUAAGGGAAGCUGUAGAACCUUGACCUACAGUGCGGACGGCGAAUGUAGGGUUUUCCUGACCAAACAAAAGCUAUCAAAGCUAACCAUACUCCCAAGUUCUUUAUUCAGCCGGCACAGAUGGUCUUCUGAAAGUGGCUUCCUCUUCCACCGGAAGAGUUGUUUCCAAAAUCCUCACACCAUUUGACUCUGCCACCAAAUCCGUCGACUCUCCUACCCUUCUGCACGCUCUCUCUCCUCAAACACUGCUUCUCGCGGCCGAUUCGGGAGCGCUACAUCUAUUUGAUUUGCGAACUCCGUCAGGCUUGGGCAACGGAAAACCAAGUCAAACUCAUCGACCUCACGAAGAUUAUAUCUCCUCAUUAACCCCUCUCCCACCGACAGAUGCGAGCACGAGCGGUUUCAGCAAACAAUGGGUUACGACUGGAGGCACAACUUUGGCUGUUACUGAUUUACGACGCGGGGUCAUGGUCAAAAGUGAAGAUCAGGAGGAUGAAUUGCUUAGUAGUGUAUACGUCGGAGGACUUCCAUCAAGACCCGGAAGAAGCAAGGGCCAAAAGAUACUUGUGGGAAGCUCUACGGGUGUUUUGACAUUGUGGGAAAGAGGAAUAUGGGACGAUCAAGAUGAAAGAAUUAUUGUCGAUGCUGGAAUCGGAGGUGGUGAAAGUCUGGAUUCUCUUGUAGUGAUGCCUGAUGGAGUUGGAAACGGUGGAAAAAAUGUGGUGGUAGGCUUAGGGGAUGGUACCAUCCGUAUUGUUCAACUUGGUCCAAACAAGGUCAUGGAAGAUCCAUUGAGGCAUGAUGAAAUUGAGGCAGUGGUUGGCUUGAAUUUUGAUGUUGGUGGUAGACUCAUUAGUGGUGGUGGAUCUACUAUCAAAGUAUGGCAAGAGAAGAUGUCGUUAGAUGAGGACUCGGAGGAGGAAGACUCGGAUGAACAGGUUAAGCCUACCAAGAGAGCUUUAGAGGGCAGUGAUUCAGAGGAUAGCGAUAAAAAUAGUGACUCGGCAAGUAGCGAUGACGAAAAGGGAGGCCGCAAGCAACGCAAGAAUCGGAGAAAGUCCAAAGCCAAGGGUGCUAACGUCGGAAACGGUAUCCUCAAAUUUAAAGGGAUGUAGCCAAAGCGGGCACGGAAUUCGACCUUUCCAGUCCUCGCAUCGCAAAACUCCAAAGAAUGACUUUCGAUGUCAUUGGACACAGAGAUCGAUCAUUGUAUCGUGUUAUCUGAAUCACCACAAAGACUGCCACAGCCUUGGUAGACUUUGUU